UGUAUUUUUUGAAGCGGAACUGUCAGGCUGGCUACACUGCUUUUUUCACACCAUACUUCCACCGCGGCUUAUAGCGCCAUUAAAACAAAAUAUUAAAAUAGGAAAUCAAAACACCAUUGCAAACAAUAAGUAAAUUCAACACAAAUUUCCUUCAUUAUUAUGGAAUUUGACUAUUCUUGAGAUUAAUAAAACAAUCAAUUGGUAAAAAUGAAUUCGAUACUUGAGGAAAGGGACAUUUCAGUGAAUGAAAAAAUGGAGACAGAUCAAGUCAACAAUAACGAAUCAAAUGCAGAUUAUUCAAACAUAUAUCCAAAGGACUCAAAAACAUUUAAAAAUAUGUCACUAAAUGAAAUGACAAUGAAUUUGAGUAAAUUCGAGGAUAAUGAAGCAGAUGCUGAUCUUUUGAAAAUUUAUACACACGAUUUACAAAUGUACAAAGAUCCUCCAACAGGUCAAAUUUCGUUGGAAAAAUUUGAGAAAUUGGGUGCUCAAAGACUUGAAGUUCUCCGAAUUAUUGAUCGCCUCUCAAAACAAGUUGAAAUUAAAUACGAAGAUAUGAAAGAGUGUCUUUUGAGUGGAUUAAAACAGAAAGGAUUAGAGUAUUACGUUCGACUGAUAAAAAGCCCAGGUUCUGAUACAAAUAGUGCUGCGGAUAUUGAAAUGAGAAGAAGAGACCACAUUUCUCAUUUUAUUUUGAGGCUUGCAUUAUGCAGGAACCAAAAAACGCUAGAUUGGUUCAUUAAUCUCGAACAGAGAUUAUUUUGGAUACGAUUUGCUUCUUUAAACGAUCCUGGGAUUGAAAAUUUUCUAGCCUUGUACAAUUUUGAUUACCCUACUCUUUCUGAAGAACAGAAAAAUGAACAUAGGGAAAAUUUAAUAGCAGUACAUGAUAACAUUGAUGUUGAUAAGACGGUAAUUUAUAAGGUGCCGUAUUUACGUGCAAGGAAAUUGGUCAAAGAUCGUAAAAUUUUUCUUCAUCGAGGUUUUGUAUUUGUUCCUCGCACUGAAAUGAUUCAUGUGACAACGCAAGCCUUUAAAGAGUUUUUGAAGGCACAGAUCAAUGUAAUAUCAAUAAAAGCCAUCAGAAAUGAGAGUAGACUAGAACCUAUUUUAAAAAACCUGUUUACAUUUACUGACACAGUAAUAUUACCCGAGAUAACUUCGAUUCCCCUCGAUUCACUAGAUGAGUUAGCAGAAAAAUCGUACCCAUUGUGUAUGAAAAUAAUGCACGAGGCUUUGCGGAAAGUUCAUCACCUCAAGAAUGGGGCACGUUUGCAAUAUGGUGUUUUUCUAAAACUGAUUGGAAUUAGUUACGACUGCCAAGUUGACUUUUUUAAGGAAGAAUUUUUGAAAACAAUGGAUAUUUGUACUUUUGAGAACAGUUAUUUAUAUUAUAUCCAACAUAUUUAUGGUAAAGUCGGUAGAAGAAUAGAGUACAAAACUUUUUCCUGCAAGCCGAUUAUUGAAUCAAAGGUUGGAUUUGGAGAGUAUCAUGGAUGUCCCUACAAAAAUAUGACCGAGGAGACUCUUCGAUCUAAUCUCAAGAAAUUGGGCAUAGAAGAAGAAGGAAUAGAGGAAAUAGAGGAUCUCGCGAAAGAUCAAAGAUACAGGGAAGCCUGCACUAAAUGCUUUCAUUUGAGAUAUCAAACACCUCUGAAUGAGUUGAUUGAGUCUCCUUCCACUUUUUUCUUCAAGAGUCAAAACAUAGUUCUUCGAGAAAGAAGGCUUAAAGAAAAAAAGGAAAAAGAACGUCUUGAAAAGGAAAAGAUUGAUAAAGAAAAAGCUUUUCUAGCUACUCUGGAAAAUGCAGAUAUUUCGAAUUUAGAAUUAUCGAACUGGGAAUUGUGAUUAAUUCUAUUCAAAGAUUUCAGUUUUUAAGUAUCAUUAUGUAUUUUUUUAUAAAACUUUAUAAUAAAUAGGCUUUAAAAGU